AUGGACCUCCCAUACUGCCAGCCCUCUGGCGGGAUAAAGAAAAGUGCAGAGAAUCUAGGAGAACUUCUUAUGGGAGAUCAAAUUGAUAACUCACCAUACCGAUUUCGAAUGAAUGUAAAUGAGACGAUAUACCUCUGUACAACUUCACCAUUGAAUGAACAUGAAGUAAAGCUACUCAAGCAACAAACUCGUAAUCUGUAUAAAGUGAAUAUGAUCUUUGACAACUUACCAGUUAUGAGGUAUACUAGCCAAAAUGGGGUUAAAAUCCAGUGGAUCGGGUUCCCUGUUGGGUACACUCCAACUGAUAGAAGUGUUGAUUACAUCAUUAACCACCUGAACAAAACAGCCUCACACUUAAAACAGAGAAAUCAAGGAACACAGUGGAAACACAAAAAUAUAAAAUCAGAACAAAAACUCAAAAGAUGGGAAUUCCCAAACUAA